AUGGCGAAGGAAGAGAAGAGGGGCGGCGUCGGUGAGGACGAGGCUGUCCUCGCCACUGCACAGGACGAGGCCGAAGACCAAGAAGAAAUGGAGAGGCAACGAAACCUCCAAGUCACUGCAGACUACACACUCAUUUCCAGAGGAUUGGUCCAGAUGAGCCACGUCCAGUUGGAGGCCUCGCGCGCCCCCGAGGAGCUGCCGGCGCCCGACGUCGGCGACUGGGUAGAGUCAAAGGCAGCCCACCAAGACGCGCAGAUCUUCAGAGCAAAAGUCGUCGAGAGACGACGCUGUCCCGAGAACAUUUGGGUGUUUCGCCUCCGGUCGCCCGACAUGGCCUCGACUUACAUCGAACCCUUAAAGCAUGUGCGCAAGGACAGCGUCUGGUCGCUGGCGCGUGAGAUGGACCUCGCGGGAGGGCGCAAGGCGCGGCGCGUCUCUCAGCAGCCCCGGCGGCCGAGCACCGUGCCGUCGAGCGGGCGAAGUCAGUCGACAGGAUCUGCAUCUCCGCGUGCGUCGUCGGGAACGCCUCUUCAGCAGUCUUCCGCGCCAUCUCUCGCUCCGUCGCCGGAAGGUUCCCUGCACUCCUCGGGUGGCCCUUCUGACUCUCUCUCUGUCUCCGUACUUCCGGGUUCUUCCACGGAAGAGAAGCUUCUCUCGUCUUCUCUGCCUUCUCCCUCCACGUCUUCUGUCUCGGCGCCGUCUGCGGCUUCGGUUUCUGCCUUCGAGGGCGAAGAGCGAAGAAGAAAGACGACGGGCGACGGGGCGGACAGGCGCACGCCGAUGUCUCAGAGCGGCGAGGUGUUUAUUCUUCCGGGCGAGAAGAAAGUCGCGUCUCUUCGUCAACUGGAGACAAACGUCUCGCCUUCCUUGUCGUUCCCGCGUAGGUCUUUGCCUGCGUACCACCAUCUCGAGAAGAUUCUGAUGCGCACCAAGCUCUCGUUCCCUUCAUCCGUCCGACCGUCCUUCGCCACUCCCUCCCCUCGCGCGCACUCUCCAGUGUCUUCUCUCUCCCUCUCCGCGCCGGGUCGCGCGGCUGCCGGCAGACUCAGCGGCUCAGCGGUGUCUCACGACGCCUUCCUGGACGGUGGCGAGAACGUCGACAGGAGCAACGCUCCCGGUCUUCAAGCGACGCCGCUCGCGGCCAGCCCUCCUCGUGACGCGCAGGGAAAACUCCACGGUCGAGAGGAAAGCGACGCGAAUGCCUUGGCGUCAGUCCGUUCCCAGAAGAAAUUUCGCCCCUCUGAGGGCGACGCACCGCCGGCGCGAAGACGUUCGUUGCCGCUUUCUGAAGACGAACUGGAGAGUGGCCGCACAGGCGUUUCGGAAGUGGAAGAGACGCAGGCGACGCCCGAAACGACAGCGAAGACGCGGAAAGCAGAGCUCGGAGGCCGCGGUCCGCUGUCCCCAGUGUCGUCGCCCGCCACGCGGAAGGCGCCGCGGCCUCUCAGUGCGCUGGUCCGCGUCGGAGGGUCGAAUGGAAGCAGCCAACCAGAACCUUGA